AUGUAUUUGGACUUUGCAAAAGCGUUUGACAAGGUUAGUCAUAAGCUUUUGUUGACUAAACUUCACAAGUUUGGAAUAAGAGGUGACCUACUAAGUUGGUUUGAAAAUUAUCUCUCCGGCCGCUACCAAAGAGUCACUGUUCUGGGUGAGACCUCGGGUACACUCCCUGUACUGUCUGGAGUUCCUCAGGGAUCAAUCUUGGGGCCCCUCCUUUUCCUAGUAUAUGUGAACGAUCUUGCACAUUCCAUCUCGGGCGAAUCAACUGUGGCAAUGUUUGCCGAUGAUACCAAGUGCUACCGUCCGGUGAAAGAUUUACCCGAUUGCGAAAGUGCUCACUGCUAG